UACCCUUUGUGCCAUGGAUUUACUCUCUACCUACCUAGUUAGGUCAGGCCUGCGUUCAUCUUCUGAUUUAUCAUCUUGUUCUACUCCUGCUUCCUUGAGCUGCCGCCUUCACAGCACCUGGUUGUGACUCUAGGAAGCCAGCAGGGUGAGAUGGGAUAAAGAGCGCAGACCAUUCCUCCUGGAGAGAAGUCCUUAGGUACCCUGAUCCAGGCGAUUGAGAAAACAUAAAGAACAAGAAAUCUACAUUCAAACCGGGCUGAACAAAAAUGUUUGGGCAAAGCGAGGCUGGGAAAAUAGAGGAGACUUUAACAUCGAACACCAUGGCCUUUGAGACCACAGCGAUCAUGUUCUUCAUCAUCCUGCUUAUCUGCCUCAUUUGUAUCCUCCUCCUACUGGCAAUUUUUCUAUAUAAAUGUUACCAAGGUCACAACCAUGAGGAGCCAGUGAAGACUUUCUGUACAGGUGAGAACGAAGGUGAAGACUGCUUAGCUGUUAAUGCAGAGAUGGACAAACCCAGAGAUCAAGACAAGGUCCUACUGCACUUCGUAGACAUGGGCAUUCCAGUGAGGCCCAGCAUUCUUGUGCAAAGGCAGAGUAAGGAAGAGAUGGCCACAUCCGUAGGAGACAACAUCAAGGCAGAAGAGUAUAAAAACAGACAGACACAUCAGCCUGUGAAUGCUAGAGAAACCAACCAUGAGGAUGAGCUUGCUGAGAAAAUACCCAUACAUGUCCACAGAUCUUCAGUUUCGGGAAGCCAAAAAAGACCUUUAAAAGGAGUGACAUUUUCUAAGGAGGUGAUUGUUGUGGAUCUUGGAAAAGAAUACCCUACACCUCAAAGCUAUGCUCGAGAACAUAAGGAGAGGAAAUGAGGUGCAGGAAAAGCUGUUCGAGAAGUGUAACCUUUGACCAGCUUGGAUCGACUGAGGGUACUGGGUCGUGUCAAGGCAGCAGGAGGAUGAGAAGUGAGCAAAUACAGAUGGUAUUUUACCUUCGUGGAAGAAGAGAACUGUGCAAAAUUCUGUAUGUAAAAUACUGAGCUCGAAUAUAGUUUUUAACAAACAAAUCUGAAUUUAGUAGGUUGACUAUAAUAAAUAUCCUUAAAUGUCUGUCUAGCA